AUGAUCUUAGUGUCCCUCCUCGUCAUGUUACUCUCACCCAUCUUGAUUUUCGCCAAAAGCGUACCUCGAGCCGAAGACGCAAAGAUCCAUUCCCAGCAUACAGUUUGUCUCUCGUACCAAGGCUCCAAUCGCGGAGUGGUCACGUUCAACGACCCAAAAGAGAACGACGUGUUCGACUACGCUAUCGUCACAAAGUACACCACCUAUUACCCGAACGCUCUCGUCCAUGCGUUAGUGUUCAACCGCUUCUCAACACUGCUUUUGGACAAUGAUAAGAUGUGUGGCUGGCGAAAGGUUAAAUCCGUGUACGGCAGUCUGGGUUUGGACUUCCACAACCACCGUGGCGAUAUCUACUGGAAGUAUAGCGACUCUGCUCAUAUCUCAACAUCCAAUGGCCAGACACCCAGCCAGGAAUCCAUCGAUCGCAUCAGCAGAAUUCUCACUGACAAUCCACCUGCUGGAGACGCCUAUAUGUUCUGCGCCAUCAUCCUCGCAUGGACAACCAGCCUACUGGGCUACAUCCUCUUCAUGAUACUGCUCAUGACCUGCAUCAGAAAGACGGAUCGGAACGCGAAUGAGUCAAGGGAUAAGGAGGUUGAUGAGGGUAUUGAGCUCGCUUCAAUCAAAGCACCUGAUACGGACAGUCUAGUAGGAACCACCGCCGCAGCGACGCCACUCGAUGAUGUCAAACACGUAUACACAAGUCCCCACCCCGGCUCUCUGACUUCGAAUGAUACGACAUGUUUCGACCCUCUUCCCACAUACUCGCGCCAAGGUCAAGGAUGUGGAGCGACAUUCCAUAAUGUACGGUUAGCUAAGGCUUUCUGGCUAUGGUGGGUUUGGGGUGUUUCUGAUUGUGUAUUGCUCCUUGGGUCACUACUUCACGUUUGCACAGUCCGGAAGGAUCAAUCCGUUUUGUUGCAACUGAGCAUGCCGGACGUUUUCGUCUUUGUCAUGCGCAUGUGUGCUUGGCCUGCUCUCUUGUUUUCAAUCCCCUUUUACCGUUCGUAG